AUGGCGGCUGCGGGCGCCUUCCUCCAUGAUUUUUGCUACACCACGGCCAUCUCAACCAAUGGCCAUCACAACUGCAUGAGUCUCCCCGCUCCCCAGAGAUACCUUUUCUGCUGCACAAUGAGCAGCAUGACACGGCUAGAUAAAGAGCUGCUCUUCAAUGGUAGAAGGAGUUCCUCCACUAUUCAACAAAAUGUGCAAGCUUUUAGUGAUGUCUUUAUUCAACUGCUUGCCGGAGUUGUGAUCCUGGGUGUGGCCGUUAGGUGGAGGCAGGUCCUGAAUGCUCAGAUUGCCCUGCUGGACAGCCAGCAGGAGGAAGUGGAGGCCCUUGACAUGUUCUACAUCUGCCUGAUAGCUUCUGGAGCUGUGAUGAUGGUAGUCAGUUUCCUCGGAUGUUACGCCGUUCUCCAGGAGUCCCAAUGUUUUUUGGGAACUCCGCAGUGUUUGCUGCAGUUCUUGGCCUGCCUGGUCCUCCUGUUUGCCUGUGGUGUCGCCGCUGGAAUUUGGGGCUACAUGAAUAAAGACGAGUUGUUGAGGGAGACGACCAACUUCUACUGUAUGACUCCAUCUACGACCGGGUCAUGA